AUGGUGUCCAGUGGUAAGAGAGUGCGGGAGAGUGAGUCCUACGAGAGCUCGGACGAAGAAGGGUACGUGAGUGCGCCCGGGACCGGCAGUUCUGCAGAGGAAGAGGACGAUGCGUUGGUCGACAUUGCUGGCGACAUCGCUCUGGAGUCCUCUGAUGAGGAGGAGGAGGAAGAUGUGCAGGGAGAUAUUGCAGAUAUAAUAGAUUACAGCGAUGAGGAGCCCGCAGAGGCAAAGGGCAAGCAGCAGAAGCAGAAGCAGAAACCGAGUAAGAAAUCCCCGAAGGAGAACGCCUUCCCCAGUUUGGAACUUUCAGACGACGAGUCCUCAAAGGCUGCUGGUGAUGCGUCGGACGAUGACGUUAACGCAUACUUUUCGACGAACAACCAAGCUGAGAAACAGAAGUUUAAGAAGGGAAGUUUUGCCAGUUUCGGGCUGUCGAAGGCGAUCCUGUCCAACGUGACCCGCAAGGGGUUCCGCCAACCUACCCCGAUCCAACGUAAGACUAUACCCUUGAUCCUUCAAAAUAGAGACAUUGUGGGGAUGGCAAGAACAGGGUCAGGGAAGACCGCGGCGUUCGUGCUCCCCAUGAUCGAAAAAUUGAAGACGCACUCGUCAAAGAUCGGUGUUCGUGCCAUUAUCCUUUCCCCCUCAAGAGAAUUGGCAUUGCAGACACACAACGUGUUCAAAGAUUUCUCCAAGGGGACCCACCUACGUAGUGUUCUGCUGACAGGUGGUGACUCUCUGGAGGAACAGUUUGGUAUGAUGAUGUCUAACCCAGACGUGGUCAUCGCGACACCGGGUAGAUUCCUGCAUUUGAAAGUGGAGAUGAACUUGGUGUUGAAAACAGUGGAGUAUGCCGUGUUCGACGAGGCAGACAGACUGUUUGAAAUGGGGUUUCAAGAACAACUGAACGAACUGCUAGCGGCUCUACCUUCCUCAAGACAGACUCUACUGUUUUCGGCGACUUUGCCAAGCUCGCUGGUGGAGUUUGCAAAGGCAGGACUAACCAACCCUGUGCUGGUCAGAUUGGACGCAGAGUCUAAGAUCUCAGAAAACUUGCAGAUGCUCUUCUUAUCGAUAAAGAACGACGAAAGAGAGGCUAACCUGCUGUACCUUCUACAAAACGUCAUCAAGAUCCCUCUGGCAACCCCGGAACAACUGAAAAAAUUGCGCGACAGUGAUGCGAAAUUCUCAGAAUCUGAAUCAGAGGACGAGUCCAACGAGAAGAGGGGCGGCAAGCGCGAUUUCAAGAAAAAUGGGAAGAAGAAGUUUGUCAAACAGAGACUACCCGCUGCAAACGAAUUGCCCUCCGAAAAUGCAACAGUUGUCUUCGUCCCAACAAGACAUCACGUCGAGUACAUCUCCCAAGUGUUAAAGGAUUGUGGAUACCUCGUCUCGUACAUCUAUGGGUCCCUGGAUCAAAACGCGCGUAAGAGUCAGCUAUACAAUUUCAGACUUGGGUUGACGUCCAUUUUGGUGGUCACAGAUGUCGCCGCAAGAGGUGUCGAUAUCCCCAUGCUGGCAAACGUCAUCAAUUACUCACUUCCUUCCUCAUCGAAGAUCUUUAUUCAUCGUGUUGGGAGAACUGCGAGAGCUGGUAACAAAGGUUGGGCUUACACCAUCGUCUCAGAGAGCGAAUUGCCAUACCUUCUGGAUCUUGAAUUGUUCCUGAGCAAAAAAGUCUUGCUUACGCCAAUGCUCGAGGCCAAAAACGCUAUAUUAAAGCAAAAAUGGAUCGACCAAGGUAACGACGAAAUGUCUUUCAAGCCACCAGCAGUUUCAUACACUGACAGAAUCGUCCUUGGUAGUUGUCCAAGACUGGAUUUAGAGAGCAUGGGAGAUUUAUUCAAGAACAUUUUGGAAAAUAAUUUCGAUCUUUCUUUAAUGAAGGCAACGUCAUUGAAGGCUGAGAAACUAUACUUUAGAACGAGGACACACGCCUCCUUGGAAUCGCUGAAAAGAAGCAAGGAGGUCAUUGCCUCUGGAUGGGACGAACAAAACAUUAUCUUUGGCUCCAAUGUGGAAAAGGAGAAGAUAAAUUUCCUAGCCAAGCUACAAAAUAGAAGGAACAAAGAGACCGUGUUUGAGUUCUCCAGGAACCCGGAUGACGAAAUGUCCGUAUUCAUGAAGCGUAGAAGAAGACAACUGGCCCCAGUGCAAAAAAAGGCAAAGGAGAGAAGAGAGCUGCUGGAGAAGGAAAGAAGGUCAGGUCUCUCACACUCCAUAGAGGAUGAAAUCUUUAAUCAAAAUAAUAACACUGAAAUGGAGACCGGUUACACUGUUUCUGAAGAAGCUUUGAAACAAUUCGAGGACGCGGACGAAUUACUACAGAAGCAGUCCGAGAAGAAAACAAAACCAAAGAAUUAUAAAGAUCCAAAUUUCUUUUUAAGUCAUUACGCACCUGCUGCAGAUAUCCAAGAUAAGCAACUGCAAGUGACCAGCGGAUUCACCAACGAUGCCGCGCAAGCCGCGUACGAUCUGAACGACGACGAUAAAGUACAAGUCCACAAACAAACGGCCACCGUGAAAUGGGACAAGAAAAGGAAGAAGUACGUCAACAUGCAAGGUAUCGAUAACAAGAAGUAUAUCAUUGGUGAGAGUGGCCAAAAGAUUGCUGCAAGUUUCCGGUCGGGGAAGUUCGAUGAGUGGUCGAAGGCUAGACAUAUUAAACCUUUGAAAGUGGGCGCUAAGGAGGAUUCCAUUGAAACGCAUCUAUUAAGGGACCCCACGGGCCGGUCAAACAUCAGUGGUAAUAGAACUGCAUCAGGAAAGUACAAACACAAGCAGGACAAAGCACCUAAACUACCUGAUAAGCACAGGGAUAAUUACCAUUCUCAAAAGAAGAAAAUUGCAAGUGCUAUGGAGAGAGGCACUUAUGUCAAGGGCUUCAACGGUCCUGGGACUCAAAGUGAGUUGAAAUCUACCGCACAGAUCAGGAAGGGCAGAUUGCAAGCGGAGAAGAAGAAGGCCAAAAACGCACGUCCAAACAAGAAAAGAAAGUUUUAA